AUGAUCGUCACCGCAGCCGCACCCGUCGAGGUCGCGGUCCCCUCCGACCCCGAGCCCCCCGUCACGCCCUCGGGCUCCGUCAACGACAGCGUGAAUUCUCUCGACACUCGCCUCGACCCCGCGAUACGCGCGUUCGCCCCCGAGUCGUUGAAGCGCCCGCCCGAGCACAUAUUCCUCGGGCGCGACAACGCCACCGGGCGCUUCAACGAGUGGCUUCAAAACCGCUACGGUCUCGACGUGGGCGCGCCCAUCUUCCGCGAGAGUUACGAGUCCUUCGGCCCCGCGCACCGGCUCACGCACAGGUGCAACUUCGUCGUGCACAGCGAGGACAUGGGCCUCCGCAAGGCGGUCACGUCGGACUACUGCGUGAACGUCAAGGCGGCAAAGAAGCACGCGUGUGCGCUGAUGCACGAGUGGUUCCUGUCGCGCGAGGCGGAUCCCACCGCGCCCUACCCGCCUCCCCCGCCCGGCCGCGGCGGUCAGGCGGUCGAGGCAAUGAUCGGUGACGCCGUGCUGAAGCUCUUGCUCGUCCAGCACCACGUCGACCACCAUCGCUUCGAGUCAAACGGCCGGGACGAACCGGACCCGGGUCCCCUCAACCAGGCAGGCACCAACAAGUUCCUCUACCAGCGCCACAUCCAGCUCUCGCGCGAGUGCGCGCUGCCCAGGGGCCUGCCCCCGCCCAAGGGACACGCGCACGCGGACCCGACCGCGUUUGAGGCUUGGAUCGCCCGCGUCUUCGAGGAGCGAGGUCGGAGCCUCGUGGAGUGCGCCAAGGCGGUGCUCCCCGCGCUGGGCGUCGAGCCGCCGUUCCUGUUCGACAGGAACCCGAACAAGGAGGACGAUUCGUCAUUAUCGGAUUCCGACGACGACAUGGACGCCGAGACGCCGGACGACGAAGCCGUCGAGGCCGUCGAGGUGAUUGACGCCGCCGUCGACGAGGCGAUCGACGCCGCCGUCGAGGCGAGCUGCGAGACCGAGACCGAGGGCAUCGAGGUGGAGCCCGAGGCGUGA